GUGACCCCGCCUACUAACCAUACCCAUUGCAUUCUCCAUUGGCCAUGAACUGAAGACAUAGUUCACAGUUCAUUCAAAAAAUGAGCAAAAUAGUCAUAUCGUCAUCACAGGCCGGAGACAGAGGUACUUCUGAUAAUGAAACGUUAUGGGACAAGUUGACACUGAAUCAGUUGAAGCAUCUUGUAGCUGGAGGAGUGGCUGGAGCUGUCUCGAGGACUUGUGUAUCACCUUUAGAAAGACUAAAGAUACUCUACCAGGUACAUACAACAGUGAAACUGCAUAAAGUCUCUCUCUUUUUGAAGGUACAAAUUGACUCAAAAGAGAAUCGCAAGUUUCAAGGAGUAACGUCAUCACUUAGGACAAUAUGGAGGGAGGAGGGGAUCAGAGGAUACUAUAAAGGAAAUGGAACCAACGUGAUCCGUAUAGUACCUUAUGUUGCUGUACAGUUUGCUGCCUACGAAGAGUUUAAAAAAUUAUUAAAGGUGUCAUCAGAUGCUAGAGAACAAAGUCCAUUUAAACGAUUACUAGCAGGAGCACUGGCAGGUAUUACUUCAGUUACUGCUACUUAUCCGCUUGAUUUGGUGAGGACACGCCUCUCUAUACAACAAGAGGAAUCACACAAAAAAUACAAAAACAUUACUCAGACGUUUAAAGUCAUUCUUAAAGAGGAGGGUGGUUUCUGGAGCGGAGCACUUUAUCGUGGGCUGGUACCCACUGCUAUGGGAAUAGCUCCUUACGUGGGACUCAACUUUGCUAUUUAUGAGAUGCUAAAAGGGUAUGUAAUGAAUAUUGUAUUCAGCACUGAUGAUACACGGAGCCAGCUGAUGCUUGAUGACGAAAUGCCAGUGCUAUGGAAACUGACCUGUGGAGCUAUAUCUGGUGCCACUGCACAAUCAAUAACGUAUCCUCUUGAUGUUAUAAGGCGGAGGAUGCAAAUGAGAGGAGCUCGAAGUGAUUUGUUUCCAUACACUUCAACACCAAAUGCAAUACAGACAAUGUACAGAGUUGAAGGGAUAGGGUCCUUUUAUAAAGGUAUGAUACCCAAUCUAUUAAAGGUGGCUCCCAGUAUGGGAAUCACUUUUGUAACAUAUGAAUUCACUAAAGCUAGACUGUAUGGUAUACCCAUCAAAUGGAGUUAACAAUUAUUGAAAUUGUAUUAAUAAGCAACAUUAUUGGUUAUUAUUAAUAAUAUUAUUGUUAUUAUUAUUAUUAUUGUAUAGUCAUACUUUUUUAAUCAGUUUAAUAGCUAAAAUACCAACCUUGUCAAUGAA